AUGACUGCUGCCAGAGCCUUUUCGCUACCAAGCUACAGGGAAGAUGAUCUCGCUGCGGCGGGGGCGAAGAUGCUCUCACGAUCCGUCCAGAAAAUGUCUGCGAAGCUCAUCAGAUCCGCCAUCGCGCCCCUUGGGGGAAGCCAAAGGAAUAGAUCGAAACCUACAAAAUCCGUUCAUUUCGAAGCUCACCUUGAAUCGGUGUGCUACUUCAUGAAAGAUGACGAACCCUGUUUAAUAGCUGCUCGGAUAUCAGCCGUGAAACGGACUCAUGGCGACUAUAACCCUCUCAAAACUCUCAACAAGGAGUCGCCUGCGCUGUUGCAUGACUCGACCUGUGUGUUGGAUAUGAUUUCCCAGUCCGCAGACCGAGCCGCCGAUGCGCCGGUGCGAGUCGAGCAGCUCUACCUCUCGAACCAGAAGAGUGUAACCGGCACUCUGGCCGUAACGAACUUCUCCUUUGCACAACGUGUCAAGGUGCGGUUUACCCUUGAUGGAUGGAAGACGGUGUCGGAAACAGCAGCAGAAUAUUCUGGGAACCAUCGUCACAAUGGCUUCGACACAUUCGGUUUUACGAUUAGCCUCGAGGAUCAGCACGCACUGAAAGACAAGACCAUGUCCUUUUGCGUUUGUUAUGUUGCCAACGGCAAAGAAUUCAAGGAGGACAACGGUUCCAUGAACUAUCAGGUCGAACUUUCGAAAUUGGCACGGCAAGCAUGUGGAAUCGGCUCGAUUGAACCUCCAGCAGCCACCCAAACCGCUUCAUCCCCAGCCAUGACAAAAACGCGACCUUCGCGGGUUUCUCCUCCAGGAAUCCUUCGUUUGACCAUGUCGGGCUCUAGACCUAGCAAUUUACCUACGGCAUCUACUCACACCUCGUUAUUCGGCUCCUUCUCACGGCAUUCCAAGGCUGAGACGGAAAGCACCGACAGGAAGCAGGGCUCGAGGGAAACCGUGCAGGACGCACCACUUUGGAAGUACAUGGACCGUCUCAGCACCAACGCCACUACGCUGUCUUCGCGGCAGAUCAGGCUUCUGUAA